UGCAGGCUGGUGAUGGGGCUCCGGGGUAAGUCCCUGCUCUCCGGUGUUUCCCUGGCGGUUGGCGCCGCCCUGGGAGCUGCUCUGGCCGGCUGGCGGCUGAGGGGAGAUCCCGGCUCCGUGUGGGUGCAGGCCGCGGCCGAGCUGUCCGUACCGCCCGCCGCCGGGGUGACACGGUUCGGCCUGCCGGGGUUCGCUCAGCUGAAGAGCCGGGAGUCCCACGUGCUGAGCUAUGACCCCCGGCUGCGGGGCCCGGCCUGGGUGCUGGAGCAGCUCAAUGCGGAGCGGAUACAUGGCACCGCCACCCGGCAGAGCUGUGACUUCCGGGAGGACGAGUCGGUCCAUCACUAUCACCGGGCCGACAACAACGACUACCUGGGCAGCGGCUUCGACCGGGGACACCUGGCGGCGGCAGCCAACCACCGCUGGAGCCAGAAAGCCAUGGACGACACCUUCCUGCUCAGCAACGUGUGCCCGCAGAAUCCUCAUCUGAACCGAAUCGUCUGGAAUAAACUGGAAAAAUAUUGCCGAGGGUUAACCAAGAGUAAUAAAAAUGUGUAUGUGUGCACUGGACCCCUCUUUCUGCCCAGGAUGGAGCCAGAUGGGAAGAUGUAUGUGAAGUACCAAGUCAUUGGUAAAAACAAUGUGGCUGUCCCCACACAUUUCUUUAAAGUUGUGGUUUUGGAGAAGUUCAGUGGAGAACUAGAGCUUCGACCCUACAUAAUGCCAAACUCUCCGGUUGAUGAAAAUGCCCCAUUGGAGCGCUUUUUGGUGCCUAUAGAGCGCAUCGAACGGGCUGCGGGCCUGCUCUUUGUCCCCAAUCUCAUGAAAAGUACUAACAAGUUACAGGCUAUUACAGCUGGUGGUAAAUGAAGGCUCCUGUUAGAAUUCCCCUAUAUGAAGAAGCUGCUAUUUCUAUCUUAAUAUAACACUUGAAUGAACAGACAGUAAUAUAUUUUGUAGGAUUCACCCUAUGAAAAAGUGACGUAUACGAAUGUAAUAAAAUCAUUAUUUUAUUA